CUGUUUGUGUAGAAUCAAAGUGAGACUUAAAAUCCACGAAGAAGAAUUACUACAUAUUCUGAGCACGCGCAGUGUCUGGUCUUUCUAGUACAGCACCGCGAGGAGAACAUGGCCAAGAUCAAGGCAAGAGAUCUGCGGGGCAAGAAGAAGGAAGAGCUGCUCAAGCAGCUGGACGACCUGAAGAACGAGCUCUCCCAGCUCCGUGUGGCGAAGGUUACCGGAGGAGCCGCGUCCAAGAUCUCCAAGAUCCGUGUUGUCCGCAAGGCCGUCGCCAGAGUUCUGACUGUAAUAAACCAGACGCAGAAGGAGAACCUGAGGAAGUUCUACAAGGGCAAGAAGUACAAGCCCCUGGAUCUGAGACCCAAGAAGACCAGAGCUCUGCGCCGCCGGCUCAACAAGCAUGAGGAGGGUCUGCGGACCAAGAAACAGCAGAGGAAAGACCUCCUCUACUCCGUCCGCAAAUUUGCAGUCAAAGCUUAGAUGUGUUUUGACUUUGUCCAAUAACAAUGACCAAUAACAAGAUGGCUGAGCCUUAGAGAUCCUGUGUGCCACCACCUCUGGAGAGCCAUAGCAGCCCACUUUGAGCCGACGCAUGAUUCCUGGUCUGAUGAGAUGGAUGAACUGUUAAGCCUCAGUUCUAAGAGAGAUGCCUGGAGGAAACCUGACUGUUCAUCACCUGUACCAUGCAGGAGGUUCCAGCUGCAGAGACUGAUUUAAGGGGGGGGGGGACUAAAUUGUGCACAUAAAGUACAGAGCUCUUGGAAACCUGGUUAAGAGUGCUCUGGAUCUCAGACACGCAUGAACCUGAUAUUGAUAUUUUAACAUUCUAAACGUCCUGAGUUGCCCAGCCAGGACCUGGACUUAAACCAAGUCGAACAUCUGAGAUGUGAGAAUGGUCGUCCACUGAUCACCAUUAGCCCAUCCCACCUGACUGAGGCUCUGCACAGAGAAAGAAAAUCAAAUGCAGGCUUGCAAAGUGCCCAGCAAGACUCAAGGCUGUGCUGCAAACAUGUAGUACAGGGUGAACUAUUCAUGUCAAUGUGAUAUUUUCCACAUAAUAAAUUUGUAAAGAUUCUGAAA